CGGAACUCCAACGUACUUGCCCCCUUCCUUUUUUUUUUUUUUCCCCGUCUGCUUUUUUGCAACAUGCAGAAUAUGUGGAAGAGAGUCAACCCCGGAUACGUGGAUGACGUUUCAACGAUGACCAGCACGCAGAAGACAGACUUUGUCUACGAUAAUGAAGAGAUUGAGAGUCUAAGGACGGAUUAUCAUCGCAAGAGAGACAACUUCACCAACUAUGUGGAAGCCUCGGCACGGUACAAGCUGCUCAUGCCCAAGGGAAAACCUGGUGAACAGAAGUAACCAAAACAGAGGAGAGGAGACUCCUGGACUUCAAAGUUUCCCUCCCUUAGUCGUGUCCGUGUCAGUCUCGUCGUUUGAAGUUCCGGCCUCGUUUUUCUUGUGGCGACAAGUUUUGGAGUGCAAGGCUGGGGCCUUGUACUUGUGGUUCGACAAGGAGGAGAGCCACGGAAAGGCAGAGUUCAAAAGCAAGAAGACUGCGGAAAUAUCCGCCAUCGCCAAACCAGGAGGUCCUCGUUACCUAGCAACAUCCGUCUGGUCGCAUGCUCGGUCGAUGUUCCGCAAGGAGAUGUGUGUGUGACCAGUCACACAGAUAGAGAGAGUGGGAUAGAGACAGUAGCAUUAGUUCGGAAGUACCGCUCGAAAAGAGUCCUAACGCACAGAUCGUCCCUUUGUGCGUUAGCACUCACACAGGUAGGACGCUUUUGUGAUAGUGCUAUUGGGUGGGUCAUCGUCGUGGGAGCUAAGAAACAGCUGGUGUGUGGAGUAAUUGUAGUGUAGGCUACCAUAUCCCUGUAGUGUGAUUGAUCAGGUUUGUUUUGUGUUUUUGUGUUUUCCUGUUUUCGUCUUUGUGAAUGGAGAGCUGUGCUGAUGCAAUGGGCUGAAGCAAUGCAGCAAUAGGUUGCUAGUUGGGUGUGCCAAGCCAUAUUCUUUUCACUGUUUUCCUCGACCUUCCCAAUGUUGGCCCCCUUUCUUCCUUCAUCCACAACUCCUCCCCUUCAUCCCCCCACCUCCACCCGCACCGCCCCUCCGGGCUCACCGUAUCCGUCUGUUUUUGUCUGUGCCUGAGAGAUAGACACACACACACACACACACACACACACACACACACACACACACACACACACACACACACACACACACACACACACACACACACACAGAGAGGUGGUAAUGAAUUAAUGAGAGGUAG